UUGUUUCUUUUCAAUUAUAAUUGUUUCUUUUCAAUACUAAUCAAUCAUUUGGUUUCCGUUUACACUUACUUACCAGUACAUUCUCAACCAAAGAUUUUAAAGAUUUUGAAGAAAGAAGAUCGCAAGCAAAAGAGAGGAAAAUGGCGCAGAUUGUAAGUGACCUUGUCGUUGCCCCUGUUGUGAAAUUUAUGGCAAGUCAUAUCACGAAACACCUAGGAUAUGUGUUUUGCUCCACAAAACAUGUUACGAGCAUGAAAGAUAAAUUGAAAGAUUUGGUGGAUACAAGCACUGAAGUUAUAGAGCACAAGAACAGAAACGAAACAAAUGAUAAAGAGAUACCUGCUCGUGUAGAGGCUUGGUUGGGAGACGUUGAGAAGGUCAAGGAUCAAGUCCAAAGCAUCCCAAAUGAUGACAUUGGAUGUUUUCACAUGAAAAAUAGGUAUCGAGUGGGAAGAAACGCUUCUAAGGCUACUAUGAGGAUCCAAGAACUUAUUUCAAAAUAUUCUGAGAUUACUUGGACCGAUGCCCCAUUGCCUACUGGAAGAGCCACAUCCUCCACCACUUCUACACUGUUAUCAUCGUCGCCGGGUGGAGAUGACUUCAAGUCCAGAAACGUGCCGUUCAACGAUGCAUUGAAGCUCCUUCAACAAGACGACAACAAGAGUCAAGUGAUAGCCUUGUGUGGAAUGGGUGGUGUAGGAAAAACCACCAUGAUGGAACAACUUAAAAAAGUUGCAGAAGACAAGAAGAUGUUUGAUUUCUUUGUGAAAGUUACCCUUGGGAGAAAUCCUAACAUGCUUUCUAUUCAGAAUGAUAUAGCCAUAUGCAUAGGAGGCGAAAGUUUACAUGAAGCGACUGUAACAGCAAGGGGAGAAACUCUCCAAAGAAAAUUUGAGAAAAAGUUAGAAAAGGAUAAAAAAAAGAUUCUAGUUAUAUUAGAUGAUGUGUGGGAGAAGGUUGAAAUCAAAGAUAUUGGACUAACAAGUCCUUUGCCAAAAGGCGUCAAGUUGUUGUUGACAUCACGAGACUCAAAUAUUUGUACACAAAUUGCGGAUGCUUCCCUUCUUCAAGUAGUCCAAGUCAAUGUGUUGUCAGAUGCGGAAGCACAAAAUUUCCUUUCUAAAUAUACUGGAAUUUCUAAAGAACAUGAUCAAGAUCGGUUUCAAAUAGGAUGUGAUAUUGUCAAAAAAUGUGGUAAUUUGCCACUUGCCAUCAAGCUCAUUGGCACAACCCUUAAACAUAAAAAAAUUCAUGUGUGGAGGGAUACACUUGUCCGUCUAAAGAAUCAUGAUCUCGAUGAUAACGUGCAAGAAAUUAUCAGAAUAAGCUACGAGUUUGUAAAAAACGAUGACGAUAAAGCGAUUUUUCUGCAUUGUGGCUUGUUUCCGGAGGACUCUGAUAUUCAAAUAGAGGAUCUUGUUAGACAUGCAUGGGGCCUAAAGUUGUUUAAAAAUGUUUCUACUUUGAGAGUGGCACGAGACAGGAUAAAGACAUGUGUGGAAAAUCUUGCAGACGCCAAUUUGUUGAUGCACAGUGAACACCUUGGAUGUGUUAAAUUGCACGAUCUUGUGCUUGCUUUUGUGUUAGCAAGAGUUUCCGAAGGUGAUUUUGCUUGGAUUGUAAACCAUGGCGAUGUGUCCUCGUGGGGUAGAGACGAAAUGAAUGAGUCUUGCAAAAGGAUUUCAUUAACAUGCAUGGGUAUGCCGGAGUUUCCUAGAGACUUCAAGUACCCAGACCUCUCUUUUAUACAACUUAUGGACGGGGAUCAGUCGCUCAAGUUUCCGGAUGAUUUUUAUGCAAGUAUGGAAAAUCUCAAAGUCAUUGCAUUUUAUAACAUGCGAUAUCCACCGCUUCCGACAUCUCUUCAAUUUUUGACCAACCUUAAAUCACUUUGUCUCCAUAGAUGCGAAUUGAUGGCUGAUUGGUCUUACAUUGGAGAUCUUGUGAAUUUGGAGGUGCUCAGUCUUGUCUAUUGUGACAUCAACAAGUUACCAUCUACGAUAGGGAAUCUAAGAAAGCUGAAGUUACUAGAUCUGACAGGAUGUGCCGCCGACCUUCAUAUUGAUAAUGGCGUCUUUAUAAAUUUGGUCAAACUUGAAGAGCUUUAUAUGAGAGGUCCUUAUAAUAAAGGAAUCCACUUCACGGGUGCUAAUUUGAAAGAGUUAAAGAUGCUUUCAUGCCAACUUUGUGCAUUAGAGGUCGAAUUCUUUCAAAUGAACAAGCUAAAAGAUCUAUCCUUUGAGAAACUUGAUAAGUUCAAGAUAUCUAUAGGUCGUUCAUACUUUGAAUUUGAAACAACUUCAUUCAAAACUAGAUUAGUACUAAACCUUAUGGCCGACCACAGAAGCGGCCUUGUGGACUACAAAAUUCAUGAGUUGGUCAAGAAAUCAGAGAGUCUAAGUUUAAGUAUGAAGCAUAUGAGUCAUCUUGAAGAUUUUGUUCCAGUCAAUCCUUAUGAUCAAAGCUUUUUUUUGUAUCUAAGAGACUUUCAUGUUGAAUAUUGUGGUAACUUGAAAUACCUCUUCCCAACACAUGUGACACGUGGUUUGAGGAAACUUGAGCGCCUCACAAUUUCAUUUUGCUCUGUUUUGGAAGCAGUGGUGCAUGAUUACAAUGGCGAGAUAAAUGGUAAAGGCGAGAUGAUCAUUUUUGAGGAGCUAAAGUAUUUAUGGUUAGGUACCUUACCAAAGCUUGUACGUUUGUUCCCGGUUGACAGUGUGGUUGAGCUACCACAACUGGUUGAACUGGAAGUUUAUAGACUUCCCAGCAUCACUAGCAUUUAUCCUGACAAUAAAAAUACUUCUGCAUUGCAACAAGCACUGUUUAAUAGUCAGGUUAGAACUUCCGAGUUGAAAAAGGUAGUUAUUGGAGGUAUGGAGAAUCUGGAGCAGAUAUGGCCGAGUAGUAGUGAGGAGGAAUUUGAUAAUAUUCCCAUGUUAAAAAACAUCCGUGUGGAAGUGUGUGAUAAGCUUGUGAAUCUAUUUCCAACCAAUCCAAUGCGAUUAUUGAAAGAUCUAGAAGAAAUAACAAUUUCAUGGUGUUCUUCCCUUCGAGAGAUAUUCAACAUAGACUUGGAAUGUUUUGGUGAAGUUGAACAAGUUAUCAACAUCAGUUUGCGUUACAUUUGUGUGGGUCGUUUAAAUGAAGAAGAUUGUCACGUGUGGAGUGUAAAAGGUGGUGAAAGAAACUCAAGUUUUCAUGACUUUGAUACAACGGGAUGGGUGAGAAAACCAUAUGUUUCAGAUAUGAUAUAUGAAAAAACUUCGCACCAACCGAGUCCAAAUUUGAUUCGGUUAAGAAGAGAAAGAGGCAAUUUGGGUGAAGCAUCGAGUGGUCAAGCCGGGGCAGACACGCGCAUGAAAGGAAAGCUUUAAGGUGAUAGCUAUGAUGUUACGGAUGAAGAUCAAGAAUAACGAAGAAUCGAACACAACCGAAGAUCAAGCUUCCGCUUUUUGUUUAGUUAUUUUAUGAACCGAACAACGUUAACGUGUUGAAGUGUUUUAAAUACUUAUGAAGUUUUUUAUCAAACCUGAAAUUUUGUAUGGAUGUUUAUUUGCAUUACUUAUAUAUAAAUGCAAUACUUUUAUGUGAA